AACUGUUCCACGGUUCUGUUAUAGGUGCUAUGUGUCUCAACGCUUUCUCUCUCUUCUCAGGACCAAAGAUAACAGGAAUCCGCAGAUUCGUUUUCAUAAAAAGUCCGUGGUUCCCGUUUGGCAAACACUUACAAAGCGAAUGGAAUUUGACGGUGUUACAUCUCCUCUAAACUCCGUUAUCCUAAACCAACAUCUCCAUGGAUCCCUUCGUCCACAAGCUCCGUCGCCACCUUCGCGCAUGGCUUCACCGAUCUCGCUCCGGUGCGGUGUUUUUCGUGCGGAGAAUUUCCUAUAAAGAUGUUCGAAGAGCAACGGAUGGCUUCCACAGAAUUGUAUAUAGCAAUUCCGAUGUUUCUGCGUAUGCUGCCAGGUUUGAAGACAGUGGCGGCCUUUGUUUGGUGAGAGAAGUGAAAGGCUUCGAUGAAGGAAGCGAUCAUUUUUACAGACACGUGCAGUUCUUGGGACGCUUGCGGCAUCGCCACCUUCUCUCGCUCAAAGGUUUUUCCGUCGGGCGCAAUCGCAAGAGAUUGCUCAUAUUUGACAACAUAGAAAAUGGAAGCUUGAAGGAUCAUCUAAACGACCCUUUGAAAACUCCCUUAGAUUGGAGAACAAGGUUGCAGAUAGCCAAUGGCGUUGUGGCUGCACUGGAAUAUUUGUUUCUCUUCAGUGAACCACCCGUAUGUCAUGUCUCUAUCACCUCAAGCAAUAUUAUGUUAGAUGAAAACUUCACAGCCAAGCUAUCUGACUUUGGCCUUCUUCCAUCUGGUGGAAAUUCUGAUAUGAUGCCAUAUUCAGAAGACUGCUUGAAGCAGAAAAGUUGUAGGAUUAUAUUCCAGCUUGGAGUGCUCAUACUAGAACUGGUCACUGGUCAGUCUUCAGAGAUGGAAGGUUCCGAUUUAAUUGAAUGGAUCCAAGAAUCACGAUUUUACAGUUCCAUUGAUAAGAUGAUAGACCCUGAUCUAGGUAACAAUUAUGACUGUACGGAGCUUAAAAGUCUUCUCGCUGUGGCAAAACUAUGUAUCAAAUCAUGGGACAAGCCUUCAUUUACAAUUCCUCAGUUAUUCCGGCAUCUCCAGAGGAAGAUUGAUAUUACUCAUCAUCAAUAGAAUUGUGACCUGUUUUCUUUGAAAA